UUAUAUUUUUUCACGGCUUCAAAAAAAUUUCAAAAUGGUUUAUGUUGUAAAAAAUAGACAAGACUUUAAUAUGAAAAUGGCUGAAGCUGGUAAUAAAUUGGUGGUGCUCGACUUCUGUGCAACUUGGUGUGGACCAUGCCGUAUCAUUAGCCCUAAGGUUGAAGAGUUGGCAGGUACUUAUGCAGCAAAAGCCGUGGUACUUAAAAUAAAUGUUGACGAAUGCGAGGAAUUAGCUAUGGAAUACAAUGUUACUAGUAUGCCGACAUUUAUUUUCAUUAAAAACGGUAUAGUUGUCGACUCUUUCGUUGGUGGCAAUGCUGAAAAACUAGUUAAGAAUAUGGCAAAAUAUGCCGAAGAAGUUUGUGAACCAAAUGCAGUGACCCAGUGACGAUGGAAAGGUAGGAUGAGAAUGAGUGUUGCAGCGUAUUUGGUGAGCCAAAAAAACAAUGGAAUCGGGAAAUGGGAUUCAGGGAUUGGGAAUCUGGAUUAACAGGCCAGAGUUCAGAGUCGGGAGGCGGAAGGCGUGAGGCGGGAAAUGUGUAUCAAGAUAUGGGAGGAGAAUUACCAACUAUGACAAGAAGUGGAGUAGUCAACAGCAUUUUGACAAUGUUCUUCACGCCAAAUAAUGUCACUUAAACAACAUAAAUCAUAAAUAAACAUUCCAGUCUACAAUUCAAUAGCAAA